GAAGCCUGCAAUGGCUGGUCAACCUGGCGUGCGGCUGACUGCUCCUGCCUUCUGCGUGUCAACUACUCCUCAUCUGAACAUCAAUCCGAGUCCGCUACACAGACCCUGAUGAUAGAAGUGGUUGUCAAACCGCCACGCUACGUUUUGGCCAGGGCCCAGCGUGCUGCCGAUGAGUUCAUGGGCUUCCACGUUGAAGCUCAUCGUUCAAAUCUUGUGGACUACUACACGGAACAACGGAGCGAUGCGCAGGAGGGUUCUUGGCCACCCUCCCUGGGCCUUCUGAUGUUGCGUAUGGUAUCGCCCCUGCAUGCGACGGACAGUGACGUGUUGCAGGCCGCCACCACUCUGCACCUACGUCCGGCUAACACAGCGUCC